AUGCCCCCUAAGCUGGAGUGUUUCAUGGAUGCUCUGUUUGGUGAGGUAAUAUUAAGGGAAGUUUCAGAGAAGCUGAACAAAUAUAAUUUAAACAGCCACCCCCCUUUGAAUGUAUUGGAACAGGCUACUAUUAAACAGUGUGUGGUGGGACCAAAUCAUGCUGCAUUUCUUCUUGAGGAUGGUAGAGUCUGCAGGAUUGGUUUUUCAGUUCAGCCAGACAGAUUGGAAUUGGGUAAACCUGAUAAUAAUGAUGGUUCAAAGUUGAGCAGUGGCUCAGGGGCAGGAAGGACAUCCAGGCCAGGCAGGACUAGUGACUCCCCAUGGUUUCUGUCUGGUUCUGAAACUCUGGGCAGACUGGCAGGCAACACCCUUGGUCGCUGGAGUUCAGGAGUUGGUGGAAGUGGAGGAGGAUCUUCUGGUAGAUCAUCUGCUGGAGCUCGAGAUUCCCGAAGGCAGACCAGAGUUAUACGCACAGGACGUGACAGAGGAUCUGGACUGCUGGGGAGUCAGCCACAACCAGUGAUUCCAGCAUCAGUCAUUCCAGAGGAACUCAUUUCACAGGCACAAGUUGUUUUACAAGGGAAAUCCAGAAGUAUUAUUAUUCGGGAACUCCAGCGAACAAAUCUUGAUGUAAACCUUGCUGUAAAUAAUUUGUUGAGUCGUGAUGAUGAAGAUGGAGAUGAUGGGGAUGACACAGCAAGUGAAUCAUACCUUCCUGGAGAGGAUCUUAUGUCUCUUCUGGAUGCUGACAUACAUUCUGCUCACCCAAGUGUCAUUAUUGAUGCUGAUGCUAUGUUUUCAGAAGAUAUUAGUUACUUUGGUUAUCCAUCCUUUCGGCGCUCAUCGCUUUCCAGGCUAGGCUCAUCCAGAGAGAGAGACUCUGAGCUGUUGCGUGAACGUGAGUCCGUUUUACGUUUGCGUGAACGAAGGUGGCUUGAUGGAGCCUCAUUUGAUAAUGAAAGAGGCUCUACAAGUAAGGAAGGGGAACCAAACCUGGACAAGAAGAAUACACCAGUUCAAAGUCCUGUUUCUUUAGGAGAAGACUUGCAGUGGUGGCCAGAUAAGGAUGGAACAAAGUUUAUUUCUAUUGGAGCUCUGUAUUCUGAGCUUGUGGCAGUUAGCAGUAAAGGAGAACUCUAUCAAUGGAAGUGGAGUGAAUCAGAGCCUUAUAGAAAUGCACAGAAUCCUUCGCUACAUCAUCCACGAGCCAUGUUCUUGGGAUUAACCAAUGAAAAGAUAGUACUCCUUUCUGCAAAUAGUAUUAGAGCAACUGUUGCCACUGAAAAUAACAAGGUUGCUACCUGGGUGGAUGAAACUUUAAGCUCAGUAGCUUCUAAAUUAGAACACACUGCACAGACGUAUUCAGAGCUUCAGGGAGAGCGGAUUGUUUCCUUACAUUGUUGUGCUCUAUAUACAUGUGCUCAGCUAGAGAACAACUUGUAUUGGUGGGGAGUAGUUCCUUUCAGCCAAAGGAAGAAAAUGCUAGAAAAGGCCAGAGCAAAAAAUAAAAAGCCCAAAUCUAGUGCUGGUAUUUCCUCAAUGCCAAACAUAACCGUUGGAACACAGGUGUGUUUAAGAAAUAACCCCCUCUAUCAUGCUGGAGCAGUUGCUUUUUCAAUCAGUGCUGGAAUUCCUAAAGUAGGUGUCUUAAUGGAAUCUGUUUGGAACAUGAAUGACAGCUGUCGAUUUCAGCUUCGGUCGCCAGAGAGCUUGAAAAACAUGGAGAAAGCUAGCAAAACUACUGAGGCAAAGCCUGAAAGCAAACAGGAACCAGUGAAAACUGAGAUGGGUCCUCCUCCAUCCCCAGCUUCUACUUGUAGUGAUGCAUCCUCAAUAGCAAGCAGUGCAUCAAUGCCAUAUAAACGACGACGAUCUACUCCUGCCCCAAAAGAGGAAGAGAAAGUGAAUGAAGAGCAGUGGUCUCUGAGAGAAGUCGUGUUUGUGGAAGAUGUUAAGAAUGUUCCUGUUGGCAAGGUGCUAAAAGUGGAUGGUGCUUAUGUUGCUGUGAAAUUUCCGGGCACCUCCAGUAAUGCAAACUGUCAGAGCAGUUCUAAUUCAGAUCCUGAUCCUUCCUCUCUUCUCCAAGAUUGUAGGCUGCUCAGAAUAGAUGAACUGCAGGUAGUAAAAACUGGUGGAACUCCAAAAGUUCCUGACUGUUUUCAAAGGACACCUAAAAAACUGUGUAUUCCUGAAAAAACAGAGAUUCUAGCAGUAAAUGUAGAUUCAAAAGGAGUGCAUGCUGUCCUGAAAACUGGGAACUGGGUUCGAUACUGUAUAUUUGACCUUGCUACAGGAAAGGCUGAACAGGAAAAUAAUUUCCCUACUAGCAGCAUUGCGUUCCUGGGUCAGAAUGAGAGAAGUGUUGCCAUUUUUACAGCUGGACAGGAAUCUCCUAUUAUUCUUAGAGAUGGAAAUGGUACUAUCUAUCCGAUGGCAAAAGACUGCAUGGGUGGGAUAAGAGACCCUGACUGGCUUGAUCUUCCACCUAUUAGUAGUCUUGGAAUGGGUGUUCAUUCCUUAACAAAUCUUCCUGCUAACUCCACCAUCAAAAAGAAAGCUGCUAUUAUCAUUAUGGCUGUUGAGAAACAAACUUUAAUGCAGCAUAUUCUCCGAUGUGACUAUGAGGCUUGCAGACAAUACCUGAUGAAUCUUGAACAAGCAGUUGUCUUGGAUCAGAAUCCACAAGUGCUGCAGACAUUCCUCGGCCACAGAUGUGAUGGAAACCGCAAUAUUCUGCAUGCUUGUGUAUCUGUAUGCUUUCCAACCAGCAACAAAGAAACAAAAGAGGAAGAGGAAGCAGAGCGCUCUGAAAGGAAUACAUUUGCUGAAAGACUGUCAGCUGUUGAAGCUAUUGCAAAUGCAAUCUCAGUUGUGUCAAGCAAUGGCCCAGGAAAUCGGUCAGGAUCAUCAAGCAGCAGAAGUUUGAGAUUAAGAGAAAUGAUGAGAAGAUCCUUGAGAGCUGCUGGAUUGGGCAGACAUGAAGCUGGUGCUUCAUCAAGUGAUCACCAGGAUCCAGUUUCUCCUCCAAUAGCUCCUCCCAGCUGGGUUCCAGAUCCUCCUGCUAUGGAUCCAGAUGGUGACAUUGAUUUUAUCCUGGCCCCCGCUGUGGGAUCUCUUACCACAGCAGCGACUGGCACCGGCCAAGGACCUAGCACCUCCACUAUUCCAGGUCCUUCUACUGAACCGUCUGUAGUGGAAUCAAAGGAUCGGAAGGCAAAUGCUCAUUUCAUACUGAAAUUACUAUGUGAUAGUGUUGUUUUACAACCCUAUCUUCGAGAAUUGCUGUCAGCCAAGGAUGCGAGAGGCAUGACGCCAUUUAUGUCAGCAGUUAGUGGCAGGGCAUAUCCUGCUGCAAUUACAAUUCUAGAAACUGCGCAGAAAAUUGCUAAAGCUGAGGCAACUUCAAGUGAAAAAGAAGAUGAUGUGUUUAUGGGAAUGGUUUGUCCUUCUGGUACAAAUCCAGAUGACUCUCCUUUGUAUGUUUUGUGUUGUAAUGAUACAUGCAGUUUUACUUGGACUGGUGCAGAACAUAUUAAUCAAGAUAUAUUUGAAUGCCGAACAUGUGGCCUACUGGAAUCUCUUUGUUGUUGCACGGAAUGUGCAAGGGUCUGCCACAAAGGACAUGACUGCAAGCUCAAACGAACAUCCCCUACAGCCUACUGUGACUGCUGGGAAAAGUGCAAAUGUAAAACGUUGAUCGCAGGGCAAAAGUCUGCUCGCCUUGAUCUGCUCUAUCGACUGCUUACCACAACAAAUCUUGUUACUAUGCCAAACAGCAGGGGAGAACAUCUUCUGCUGUUUUUAGUACAGACAGUUGCCAGGCAAACAGUGGAACACUGCCAGUACAGACCACCUAGAAUUAGGGAAGAUCGUAAUCGUAAAGCUGCAAAUCCUGAAGAUUCUGAUAUGCCUGAUCAUGAUUUAGAACCUCCUCGAUUUGCCCAGCUUGCUUUGGAACGUGUUUUGCAAGACUGGAAUGCUCUGAAGUCUAUGAUCAUGUUUGGCUCCCAGGAAAAUAAAGACCCUCUUAGUGCAAGCAGUAGGAUAGGUCAUCUUUUGCCUGAAGAACAAGUUUACCUUAAUCAACAAAGUGGAACUAUUCGCUUGGACUGUUUUACGCACUGCCUUAUUGUCAAGUGUACAGCAGAUAUUUUGCUUUUAGAUACUUUGCUGGGUACUCUGGUAAAGGAGUUACAAAACAAAUAUACGCCAGGACGUAGAGAAGAAGCUAUUGCUGUUACAAUGAGAUUCCUGCGUUCUGUGGCAAGAGUGUUUGUCAUUCUUAGUGUGGAAAUGGCUUCCUCAAAAAAGAAAAACAAUUUUAUUCCACAGCCAAUUGGAAAAUGUAAACGUGUGUUCCAGGCAUUAUUGCCCUACGCUGUCGAAGAGUUGUGCAAUGUAGCAGAAUCUCUAAUUAUUCCAGUAAGGAUGGGAAUUGCACGUCCUACAGCACCCUUUACUCUUGCUAGCACUAGUAUAGAUGCCAUGCAGGGAAGUGAAGAACUAUUUUCUGUGGAGCCUCUACCACCUAGGCCUUCAUCUGACCAAUCUAACAGUUCCAGUCAGGCUCAGUCAUCCUAUAUCAUAAGGAAUCCUCAGCAAAGACGAAUCAGCCAGUCGCAGCCAGUUCGUGGCAGGGAUGAAGAACAAGACGAUAUUGUUUCAGCCGAUGUGGAAGAGGUUGAGGUAGUUGAGGGGGUAGCUGGUGAAGAGGACCAUCAUGAUGAACAAGAAGAACAUGGUGAAGAGAAUGCUGAAGCAGAAGGACAACAUGAUGAGCAUGAUGAAGAUGGCAGUGAUAUGGAGUUGGAUCUGCUGGCUGCAGCUGAAACAGAAAGUGACAGUGAGAGUAACCACAGUAAUCAGGACAAUGCUAGUGGGCGCAGAAGUGUUGUCACUGCAGCUACUGCUGGGUCAGAAGCAGGAGCUAGCAGUGUUCCAGCAUUCUUUUCUGAAGAUGAUUCUCAGUCAAAUGAUUCCAGUGAUUCUGAUAGCAGCAGCAGCCAGAGCGAUGACAUAGAGCAGGAGACCUUCAUGCUUGAUGAACCUCUGGAACGAACCACAAAUAGCUCACAUGCCAAUGGUGCUGCCCAAGCUCCCCGUUCAAUGCAGUGGGCUGUACGCAAUACCCAAAACCAGCGAACUACUAACACUGCUCCUUCUAGCACAUCAGCCCCAGCAGUUCCUGCUGCAGUGAAGCUGACUUAUCAAGAUGCAGUAAACUUGCAGAACUAUGUAGAAGAAAAGCUUAUUCCCACUUGGAAUUGGAUGGUUAGUAUCAUGGACUCUACAGAAGCUCAGCUGCGCUAUGGUUCUGCAUUAGCAUCUGCUGGUGACCCUGGGCAUCCGAAUCAUCCUCUCCAUGCAUCUCAGAACUCGGCCAGAAGGGAGAGGAUGACUGCCCGUGAGGAAGCUAGCCUGAGAACGCUUGAGGGGAGAAGACGUGCUACUUUACUCAGUGCCCGUCAGGGAAUGAUGUCAGCACGUGGUGAUUUCCUGAACUAUGCGCUGUCUUUGAUGCGUUCUCACAAUGAUGAGCACUCAGAUGUUCUUCCUGUUCUAGAUGUCUGUUCACUAAAGCAUGUAGCAUACGUUUUUCAAGCCCUUAUUUAUUGGAUUAAAGCAAUGAAUCAACAGACAACGUUGGAUACUCCUCAGCUGGAACGGAAAAGAACUCGGGAACUUUUGGAACUGGGUCUUGACAAUGAAGAUUCAGAACAUGAAAAUGAUGAUGACACCAAUCAAAGUGCUACGCUCAACGACAAGGAUGAUGACUCCCUCCCAGCAGAGACUGGCCAAAAUCAUCCAUUUUUCCGACGGUCAGACUCCAUGACGUUCCUUGGCUGCAUUCCACCCAAUCCUUUUGAGGUUCCUCUGGCGGAGGCCAUCCCCCUAGCAGACCAGCCCCAUCUGUUACAGCCAAAUGCUCGCAAAGAAGAUCUGUUUGGCCGACCAAGUCAGGGUCUAUAUUCGUCUUCUGCCAACAGUGGGAAAUGCUUAGUGGAAGUGACAGUGGAUAGAAACUGCCUUGAGGUUCUUCCAACUAAAAUGUCUUAUGCAGCCAAUUUAAAAAAUGUUAUGAGUAUGCAGAAUCGACAAAAGAAGGAAGGGGAGGAACAAAACGUGCCUACAGAAGAAUCUGAGAGUUCAAAGCCAGGGCCUUCAGCGCAUGAUCUUGCAGCGCAACUGAAAAGCAGCUUGUUAGCAGAGAUUGGGCUAACAGAAAGCGAAGGGCCACCUCUCACAUCUUUCAGGCCACAAUGUAGCUUCAUGGGCAUGGUUAUAUCUCACGACAUGUUGUUGGGACGUUGGCGCCUUUCUUUAGAGUUGUUUGGUAGAGUGUUCAUGGAAGAUGUUGGAGCAGAGCCUGGAUCGAUUUUGACUGAACUAGGUGGCUUUGAAGUAAAGGAAUCAAAAUUCCGCAGAGAGAUGGAAAAGCUUAGAAACCAGCAGUCCAGGGAUUUAACAUUGGAGGUUGAUCGAGACAGAGAUCUUCUAAUUCAGCAGACCAUGAGGCAGCUCAACAAUCAUUUUGGUCGCAGGUGUGCUACCACUCCAAUGGCUGUACACCGAGUAAAAGUUACUUUUAAGGAUGAGCCCGGAGAAGGCAGCGGUGUAGCACGAAGCUUUUAUACUGCCAUUGCACAGGCUUUUCUGUCAAACGAGAAACUGCCAAAUCUAGAUUGUAUUCAGAAUGCCAACAAGGGUACCCAUACAAGUCUGAUGCAGAGAUUGCGAAAUAGAGGGGAGAGAGAUCGGGAAAGGGAGCGAGAGAGAGAAAUGCGGAGAAGUAGUGGCUUACGAGCUGGUUCUCGGAGAGAUAGGGAUAGGGACUUUAGAAGACAACUUUCCAUUGACACACGGCCUUUUAGACCAGCAUCAGAAGGAAAUCCUAGUGAUGACCCUGAUCCUCUUCCAGCACACAGACAAGCCCUUGGAGAAAGGCUCUACCCUCGAGUACAAGCAAUGCAGCCAGCUUUUGCAAGUAAAAUCACAGGAAUGUUGUUGGAAUUGUCUCCUGCUCAGCUGCUUCUGUUACUAGCUAGUGAAGAUUCCCUUAGAGCAAGAGUUGAUGAAGCCAUGGAACUCAUUAUUGCACAUGGAAGGGAGAAUGGUGCUGACAGUAUAUUGGAUCUUGGUUUACUAGACUCUUCAGAUAAAGUGCAGGAAAAUAGAAAGCGACAUGGUUCGAGCCGCAGUGUAGUAGAUAUGGAAUUAGAUGAUACAGAUGAUGGGGACGAUAAUGCACCACUUUUCUACCAACCUGGAAAACGAGGUUUUUAUACACCAAGACCUGGUAAAAACACAGAAGCAAGGCUGAAUUGUUUCAGAAACAUUGGCAGAAUCCUAGGGUUGUGCUUGUUGCAGAAUGAACUAUGUCCCAUCACGUUAAAUAGACAUGUAAUCAAAGUUCUUCUUGGAAGAAAAGUGAACUGGCAUGAUUUUGCUUUUUUUGAUCCGGUUAUGUAUGAAAGCCUUCGGCAACUUAUCCUCGCUUCCCAGAGUACAGAUGCUGAUGCAGUGUUCGCUGCUAUGGAUUUAGCAUUUGCAAUAGACCUGUGUAAGGAGGAGGGUGGAGGGCAGGUUGAACUUAUCUCCAAUGGUGUAAAUAUACCAGUCACUCCUCAGAAUGUUUAUGAAUAUGUCCGGAAAUAUGCCGAACACCGAAUGUUGGUAGUAGCAGAACAGCCUCUACAUGCAAUGAGGAAAGGUCUCCUGGAUGUACUUCCAAAGAAUUCAUUAGAAGAUUUAACAGCAGAAGAUUUCAGACUUCUGGUAAAUGGCUGUGGUGAAGUAAAUGUGCAAAUGCUAAUCAGCUUUACCUCUUUCAAUGAUGAGUCAGGAGAAAAUGCUGAGAAGCUUUUGCAGUUCAAGCGUUGGUUUUGGUCCAUAGUUGAGAAGAUGAGUAUGACAGAAAGACAAGAUCUAGUUUACUUUUGGACAUCAAGUCCAUCAUUGCCUGCCAGUGAGGAGGGAUUCCAACCUAUGCCAUCAAUCACAAUAAGACCUCCAGAUGACCAACAUCUUCCUACAGCAAACACUUGCAUUUCUCGCCUUUAUGUCCCGCUCUAUUCCUCUAAGCAGAUUUUGAAACAGAAAUUGUUACUCGCCAUUAAGACCAAGAAUUUUGGUUUUGUGUAGAGUAUAAAAAAGUGUGUAUUGCUGUGUAAUAUUACUAGCUAAGUUUUGUAGAUUUUUCCAUUUGUCUAUAAAAGUUUAUGAAAGUUAAUGCUGUCAUACCCCUGGUGGUACUUUAAAGAGUAAAUGCAAACAUUCCUGUACUAAAUUUGUAACGUAAAGGCCUAAGGAGCGCUAGCGAUCCUGAUUGUAACAGUUUGCUAGUCAAUAACUCCUUGGCCUAACCCCAGCCAAAGAUGACAGCAGAACUAUAUAAUUUACACUGUGAUUUAUCUUUUUGCUGAGGGAAAAUAUGUAAAAUGUUCUGAAAAUUCACUGCUGCCUUUGUGGAAAGUGUUUCAGCAAAGGUUCUUGUAUAGAGGGAGUAGGGAAUUUCGAAAUAAAAAAUUAAGUAUGUUCUGUGUUUUAUUUUAACUUUUUUAUGGUGUUUAAUUUGUGGUUGGCUGCAGUUGUGUAUCAUGUAUAUUGAACUUGUAAAAAAGUUCCUGACAGUUCAGAUCUCAGACUUGGGAUCACUCACUUAUGAAACCACUUUCAUUGCAAUUUUUGUUCUGAUUGCAUUGAACUCUGGCACAUCAGAUACCAUCACUAAUAUUUUGCAUGUAAUCUGUACUUUUAGUGGGGUUUUUUGUACAUAUGAUGAGGCCAAUGCACAGUAUUUCAUAGUUCACAAUCAACAUUUUUUGUAUCCCUAUUUCAGUGAACAGACAGUCAGGAGAUUGUUCCACUACCAGUUCUAACCAGACACUUGUACUACGUUAUCUUAACUAUGUAAACUCAGCCUGGGCACUUUCUGGUAACUGUAAAAUGUUUAUAAGAUCAUGAUUAUUGAAGAUACAUUUUGGAAAACUUUAAUGUUCGUGAGCAGCUUAACUUCUUUUGUAUCUAGCCUUUUUUAAGUAUCUUGUUACAGUUUUUUAAUAAAGAAAUUACAGACAAAAUACCAAGUCAUAUUGAAGAAACAAUAGUUUUUAUUUAUUUAGCCAUUUAUACUUUAGCUAACAGCAUACACCAAAUAUAGUUGUUCAUUAAAAAUCUGAAUUUUGUAACUGAAAAAUUGACCUGCGGAAGACAUUCAGCCCACAUUUUACAGUUAGCAGAGAAUCCUGAAUGAAAUGGGCCAGGCAACACCUUCUUUUCACAGAAUUGGUUUGAAGGGAAAGUGGCUUGUUCUGAAAAACCUCAAGGUUAUUAGGUUAGAAUAAAAAUUUAACUGCACUGUAGUGGGUUCUGCUGUAUGUUCACUUUUGAAGUGGUUGGUUUGGGGAGGGCAGUCUUCGAACAUAACCUAGAACUUGUUUUUCCUAAUACUUGAGUGUUUUGGGGGUUUUUUGAGAGCUAGGAAGUGAUUAAUAAAGGAAGGAGUUACUUUU